UGCCUCCUCCCACCCGCCUACCCCCGGCGCGAGGGCGCGCGCACGCGACAGCUGUGGCGGAGCUCCGCCGGCCUGCGCGAGGCCACCAAAGGCGGCCCCUUCAACUGUUCUCUCCUUCUGGUCGCAGCGCGUGAAAGCCUCGCUCGCUUCGCUUCCCUCCUCCCCCCUCCCCCGGCCACGGGGCGGCGGCGGCGGCGGUUGAACCACCCACUGAGGUGAAUGAGCGACGCCGCCCCCGGAGGCCGCUGUUCGAGCACGGGGGCUGCUUCCCCACCAGCCGCGGAGGACAGCGGCCAGGCCCCCUCUCGGCAUGUCCGCGGCCGUCCCGCAGCCACCGCUUCGGGGAGCCGAGAAGAGCGGGGCGGCCCGGCUGCCCGAAGAGAACCGCCAGGACCCGCUGCUGUGCCCUUCUGGCCGAGUGGGGAGCGAAGCGCCCCGCCAGAGCGGCUCCGGCGAGGGAGAGCAGCAGCAGCAGCAGCCGCAAGAAGAUGACGAAGACGACGACCACCACAAGCGGCCGCGGGGGCGACACCUGGUCGACGCCCCUCCGCCCAAGGACAACCCCUGGACCCGUUGGAAGCCGCCCCCCGCCGUCAGCAGCGUAUCCCCUUCCAGCGCCUCCACCGGCAGCGAGUUGGCCUUGCAGGACCCGGGUGAGGAAGAGUUGCAGAGCUCUGCUAAAGUCAUAAAAGCAGGAAAACUGAAGACAAAGAAAUCUACCAAGGCUAAUGAUUUCAGUGAUGCAACAAACUGGCCAACACCAAGUGAAAUCGCAAACUCUGAAUGUAAAAGUAUAAAUCUUCAGAAUAAAAAAACACCUGUCAAGAAGGAGGAGAAGAAUGAAAGGGAAAAUAACAACAAAAUCAAGGAAAACCAGGAAAUAAAUCCAGAUAAUCCUGGAGAAAAUAUUAGUGAAGAUGAGGCUCAAACUAAUAAUCAGAAGAAAAAAGUUCUGUGUUUUACACUUGAAGGUAACAAGCACAAAUGGGUGCCGCUUCAUUUAGAUGGUAUGAAACCAGACAGCCAAGAUAGACCAGCGUCUCGGAACAAUUCCAGACCUCAGCUGCAAACCAGCAAGCUUGUUCCUCACAACAACAGACGCAAUGAGGCCAGAACUAGCUGGCGAUGGGACAGGGAAAAACGAGAUGAUCAUGAUGAAGUCUCUAGUGUGAGAAGCGAAAGUGGCAGUAUUCGAGGAUUUUACAGAGGAAGAGGGAGAGGAAGGGGCAGAGGACGAGGGCGUGGAAGAGGAAACCCUCGAAUGAAUCAUGAACAUUCAUAUGGUCACCGGGAACAAUAUGAUAAAAUGACAGACCAGCCAUUUCAGCCAGAUCUUAACACUAGCAUGAUGUAUUACUAUGAUGAUGGAACAGGAGUACAGAUGUAUUCUGUGGAUGAAACACUACUUAAAGAAUACAUUAAGCGCCAAAUCGAAUAUUAUUUCAGCGUAGAAAAUUUAGAAAGAGACUUCUUCUUGAGGAGGAAGAUGGAUCAGUCUGGAUUCUUGCCUAUUUCGUUGAUUGCAAGCUUCCACCGUGUGCAGGCUCUCACUACAAAUGUUAAUCUGAUUUUAGAGGCCUUAAAAGACAGUAUAGAAAUAGAAAUAGUAGACCAGAAGAUGAGGAAAAGGAUAGAACCAGAAAAGUGGCCUAUUCCAGGACCUUCUCCAAGAAGCCUUCCUCAAACAGACUUUUCCCAGCUUAUUAACUGUCCAGAAUUCAUACCAGGCAAAGCUUUUGGUUCACGCACUGAGUCUGCCCCAAGCUCUCCAAGAAUGGGAAGUCUCAGUACCAAGAAAAGCACAGAAACAAGUAAUCUUCAGACAAUGAGUAAAGGAUUAUCCACCAGUUUGCCGGAGCUGGACUCUGAAGCUUGGAUAGAAGUUAAAAAAAAACAUCGUCCUCCCCCAGCUAAGCCAAAGGAACCAGUGCCUAUACUUGAAGAAAUAUCAGGUCAGCAGCAACCACUGCCACCAGAAGAACAGGAAGAGCUUGACUUUUUGUUUGAUGAAGAGAUGGCACAGAUAGAAGGCCGCAAAAAUACCUUCACAGAAUGGUCAGAUAGUGACUCAGAUUAUGAAAUUGAUGAUCAGGACUUAAACAAGAUUUUGAUCGUGACGCAGACACCACCAUACAUGAGAAAACAUCCUGGGGGAGAUCGCACUGGUAACCAUGUAUCUCGGGCAAAAAUUACAUCAGAACUUGCCAAAGUUAUCAAUGAUGGCUUAUACUACUAUGAACAGGAUUUGUGGAUGGAGCAGAGUGAAAAUGAUUCUCUUGCCAUGAAGCAGGAAGUUGAAAUCUUUAAGAAGUUAAAUCUUAUUAGUAAAGAAGAGUUUGACAAUCUUACCCCUGAACAUAUAACUGAUCCAAAUCAAGAAGUCCCUCCAGGCCCUCCAAGAUCUCGACAAGAUUUAACUGAGGAGGUUGCUUGUAAAUUGUUUGGUAUUCAAGAUGUACCUCCAACAACAAUGCCUCGCUCACUGCCAACAGCUGUCCCUGAAUCUCCUGGAGUCUGUCCUUCCAGAACACCAAGAACUCCUCGAACACCAAGACUGCAAGAUCCUAACAAAACACCUAGAUUCUAUCCUGUGGUUAAAGAAUCAAGAUCCAUUGAUGUGAAGACACGAAGGAAAAGAAAAACACGUCACAGUACAAACCCUCCACUAGAAAGUCAUGUUGGCUGGGUAAUGGAUUCCAAGGAUCACAGGCCAAGAACAUCUUCUAUAAGCAGUUCAAAUGCAUCACCUUCUGAAGGUGGACCAUUGUCUGGAAGCUAUGGUUGCACCCCUCAUUCGCUUCCAAAAUUUCAGCACCCUUCUCACGAACUUCUAAAGGAAAAUGGAUUUACACAGCAAGUAUACCACAAGUAUCGCCGCAGAUGUCUAAAUGAAAGGAAACGGUUGGGAAUUGGUCAAUCUCAAGAAAUGAACACACUUUUUCGUUUCUGGUCUUUUUUCCUUAGAGACCAUUUUAAUAAAAAAAUGUAUGAGGAAUUCAAACAACUUGCUCUAGAUGAUGCAAAAGAACACUACAGGUAUGGUCUGGAAUGUUUGUUCCGGUUUUACAGCUAUGGAUUGGAGAAAAAAUUCAGGCAGGAGAUCUUCAAAGAUUUUCAAGAAGAAACAAGAAGAGACUAUGAAUCUGGUCAGCUAUAUGGACUUGAAAAAUUUUGGGCUUAUCUGAAAUAUUCCCAGUCUAAGACUCCACCUAUUGAUGUGAAACUUCAGGAAUACCUUUGUAACUUUAAAAGAUUGGAAGACUUCAGAGUUGAUCCUCCUAUUGGUGAAGAAUCUGGGAGGAAAAGGCAUUUAACUGGUGAGGAUAGAGAUCAUCGUCAACAUCAGUCCAAUUCUUCCAAAACCCUGGCUGGUAAUUCCACAGCUGCCUCUCAGGUUCAAGUCCCAAUAAACUUUCCCACUGCAAAUACUGUACAGGAGUUGAGUAACAGCAUAUACCAGAACAAUAUUGCCACAAAAUCAAGAAGUGACCUAACUGAGCAAUAGACUUUCAUUAAGCUUGAACCUUGAGAUCAACUCCUAAUGCCAGUAUUUUAGCUCAAGGAUCUUCAGGGAGAGCUAUUUUAAAGCUUGAUUAAAAAAUAAAUGUAUAGGAAAACGAAGGAUUGCAUUUGCUUUCUCACAAGAUUUAAGCUCCCAAUACUAAUCCCUGAUCAAUUGUAUUGGGUUUUGGGAUCACCUGAGAGAUCCCAGGGAAAUAUCUUUUGGUCUUGGUGGUGUUAUCCCUGACCUACUGUUUACAGGAACUCCAUUCCAAUAUGAUAUGCAAAAAUAUUUUGGGAUGCCUUACAUUUCAACUCAUACUUCGUCGCUUUUCGUUUCAUUCAAAGUUCCCACUAUUACUUCUACUAAUAGAAGCCAAAAAGAGAGGACAUAUUUUUUUAAAUACAGAGAGAGAGAGGAAUUAAUUUGGUAAAUGCUUAUGUAACUACAUCUUUUUAAAAACAUGCACACUCCAUAAUGUAUAGGAUUGUGCACAUCACUUGGGUGCUGAAUUCCAUUCAGUUAUUUUGCUUUCUAGUUCAUUUAUUUCAGUUUCUUUGUAAUUUGGGAAUGAGUAGGGAGUUUUGCAUUAGGCAUUUAUCUGUUUGGUUUUUAGGAUGUUUAUGCUGGUUCUUAAUUGUACUUGAGCAAAAUAGAUUAGAGGGAAAGGGGUAUAGCUGCAUUGUCAUAUAUUUAAUAAACAACAGUUUAAGCAGGCAAAUGAAAUGGUAGUUGACUCUUGAAUCACCCUCUAGUUAGUAGAGGCACUUGUUUUCAGUUUAAUUUCUCUUCUCUAUAUAAGUAACUCACACUGCAAGGAGAAUGAUUUUUGAGCAUCUAAUUAUAUUGUAAUAUUUGACACAGUUUCAAGAGGAAUUUUUUUUAAAUCUAGCACUCAAAAAAAUUCAGUGUCAAAAUAAGUUGGAAUAAAGUUUAAUAUUAUGCUCUGCUGUCCAAGAUCAACUGAUUUUAAAUUGGUCAAGACAUCGCUUUCCUUAAAUGUAAAUGAUUCACUCAGAAAGUAAUUUCUUAUAUUGGGAGGUGGAAGAUAAUUGGAUGUAUCAGCUAUAAUUUCUUAAUCGUUUCAGUUAUUGUGAUUCUAAGAUGAUAAGGAAAAGGAAGACCUCCGUAAAGUUGGAGUAGUAAGAAUAGGUGAAUUUUUAUUAUAUACAGCAGACCAGUGGAACUUGGCAGCUUUCAGGUAAUUUUUAGAAGCCUGACACUGUUUGCCUUAUUACUGGAAGAGAUGCUAAAUGAUUCAGCAUUAAUUUAAAUGGAUUUCUAUGGCAGAAAAGGUAGCAGUCCAUUACAUUUUUAUGUCAUGAUGCAUUGUGGAACUGAAUAGAACAAUUAUGAAUAUUUGCAUUUGAAUAUCUGGAUUUCCCAGUAAUUUUUACAUUCAGACUAACCUUUUAGAACUGCUCUGUUUUGAAGAUGAACUAGUAAUUGAUGACACAUUUUAUAGCAUCUUUUCAAUAUUCUGAAAUUGUAUAUCUCAAACCUGUGUUCAAUCUAUGCCACCUCCUCCAUGAAAAUGAUGCAAUUGUAAAUUUGGAUUUAAACUGUAUAUAAAAGAAAUAUAUUUACUUUUAAUUUCUUUGAAUGAAAUGUGUGCAUAUUUAGCAUUCAGUAUGCAUAAUUUGUGGUAAAUUUGCAGAUUUUAUAAAAAUGUAAGAACAUUGUGUAUUGUGUAUGGUUUUUUAAAAGAAAUUUCCUUUGA